AUGGAUUCCCAUGGAAGUUUUUCUUCCUAUACUUCUUCUUUCAUCCUACUCUUCCUCCUCGUUUCAUCUUCUCUCCCAUCUCCAGCUCUCUCUGAUUCCACUCCUCGCUGCAACCCAGCGAACAAUGGAGCCCUCUUGAGAAUCAAAGAAUCUUUGAACAUCCACGACUACUUUGCAGACUGGAAUUCCAGCAAGGAAUGUUGUGACUGGAGCCACGUCGGGUGCGAGGCCUAUUCCGGUGAAGUCUUUGAAUCUAUCAAAUCUCCCUUCAAAAUUCCGGCAGCCAUUGGCGACCUCUCCCACCUCUUGGCCCUUGCAUUCUAUGACAUCCCCAACCUCACUGGCUCCAUCCCUUCAUCAUUCACAAAGCUUCAGAAUCCGGUAUCCCUCACCAUACGUAACACCACUCUCUCCGGCCCCAUCCCAGAGUUCCUCAGCCAACUCAAAAAUCUCCGGGAGAUGGAGUUGCCCUACAACUAG